GUAGCAUGAUGCUGUUUUUGAGACCCUAGAUCUUGACAGAGCGGCGAGGGUGCACAUGGGCCACGCGCACUUUACAGGAAGUGUCAGGCCGCUUAGGCGUACUGCGUGGGAGGUGGAGGCAGCAGUCAGAGGAGUUAUAACGCCCCAUGCAUGGACAAUUGUACUCUCUUUCUUCAUCUCUCUCUCUCUUUCAUCCUCCUCUCUCAGUGACUAACAGCCUGGGCGGCUGUGCUUGUUUCCUCUUGAUGGACCAAAAUCAGGAUUUAACCCUCUGUGUCAUUUCUCUGGAUUCCAUGACCUUUGUCUUUAGAGGUCAAGAGGUCUGACAUAUGGUAGACUAUUUCUGGAGGAAUACUAUCUCAUUUAGAUUUUUUUUUUUCUUUUAAGGACGAUCCUUAUCGCCCUUUCAGGGAUUAAGAGUUAUCGUGAGACAAGAGGGGGUCAUUUUGACGCGUUUUCAGGCAGGAGGAGCACUUACUGUGGACAUGGCAGCCUCUGGCAACUUGUACCCCAAUACCUUCAUAGUGGACACUCAUACAGCUUAUCCUCCUCCGCUGCCGCCCAAGCCGGUCCCCUUCCGCAAGAGAAGGAGCGUGGCUCAGUCGGUGCUGUUUGCCCUGGUCAUUCUGGCCCUGUGUGGCAUGGCGGUGGAAGCCUGCUUCAUUUACAGUCUGUACAACAGCAAGUCCUCCGCGAGUGACUCAGAACCACAGAUGUCAAAACAAGUUGCAGAUACACCACCAACAAGAGCCAACCCUGUGAUUUUACCCUCCAAACCUCUCGCCCAUAUGACCAGUAAUCAGAAACCUAAUGCUGAUGGACUCAUGCUUUGGCAUGGCGACGGUGAAGCCAUCAUACAUGGAAUGGAAUACAAAGAUGGCAGCCUUAUUAUCCAGACAGAGGGAUAUUACUUUGUCUACUCCAAGGUCUACUUUACAGAGAAGCCCGACAUUUCAAUUUUGCAUUGCAUUGUUAGGACCACCGACCGUUACCCUAAUGAGAUGGUACUUCUUCAGUCAAGGGAAUACAUUCCCAAGUCGGCCAAAAACUUUAAAACAAAUAGUUAUCUGGGAGGUAUGUUCCACCUCUUUGAAGGUGAUGCUAUACUUGUAAAGGUAAAUAAUACCCAAAUCAUACUGUCCACCUCAGCAGAUAACUAUUUUGGAGCCUAUAUGGUGUAGUAAAAGUGGCAUAAACUGUGCAUGCACUCCAAUGGUUUUAUUUCACAUAAACACCAUAGCCCAUCUUAUCAUCUUGUUAUUCCAACUGUCUAUAAAAAUGUCUCAUGUUUAAUGCAGAACAUACAUUUGUAUCUAUUUAUAGACUUUUUCUUUCUCCUAUGCUAAUAGGCAUCAAUGUAGUAAAUUGCCUCUAAUGUUUGCAAAGGCUCUAUGGUGUUUUAAGCCCCCAAUGUCGUCUUCCAGGCAGUGCUGCCACGUCUUCAAGGCACCCAAUCCUAACCCUAACCCUAACCUUAACCCAUGCCUAACCUUAGCACCUUCCGGGCAGCACUGCCUUGAAGACAAUGUUGGAUACUAAUACUCCAGGUUUUCUUGCUUUAAAUGAGGAGGAAGGGGAGUGUGGUUUGUGUGUCAGUCAGGCCAAAGAAUGCUUUAAAAAAUCACACUUUUGGAAUAUUUUUUUUUUGUGUGUCGAUUUUGUCAUGAUUUUUUUCUCUUUUUUUUCAAGUUUUUCACUGACAGUCUUUUGUCCUGUGCCUGGGACGUGCACAAUGACCUCUCUGAACUAGUCAAAGGCCAGAGGCACUGGAGAGUCUGGAGUGAGGAAAUGUGAAGGAAGCACUGAGAAUAGAGUUGAUCUAUUUGGCAUUUCAUUUUCAAACCACCAAGAUUUUUUCAUGUGACAUACAGUAUUUUUAGCUGCAGCAACUUUUGAUAUCUCAAAUUAUUAGUGUUUUUUUAUGUUUUGCAAAUAAUCUUGGUUUGGAAAUAAAACUACUCAAGUUGAAUGUAUAUUUUAUAACUGUGAAUAGAUUAGUAAUGUAUUGUUGCACUUGCAUUGUUGCAAUAAUAAAGUACUUAUAAUGACACAUUUCUGGUGUGAAAGUAUUCACACAGAGAUUACUGUGAUU